UUCGUUUGUUUAUACUCGUAUAUCGCAAAAUAAUCCGAAUUUAAUUCAGAAUACUGGAAAUUGGAAUAAAUUAUGUCGAUUCUACUUGCUGAUAUUGAUGCAACAUGUUCAUCACUCGGUUGGGACGAUGGUUGCAAAUAUCAUAUGGAAGCAGACGCAAUCCAAGGACUAAAACAUCUUAUUUGGAUACUGAAACGAGAUGGAGAAGAUCACGAGUACCGUAGAUACGUUGGUCAAAAGAAAGUCAUGCAGACCGAUCUGAUUCCGAUGAUGGGUAACUUUGAUAACGCAGAUGUGUCUGAUGUACUACUGCGAUUGAUCGUAAACUUGACCUACCCACCUUUGCUGCUGUACCAUGGAAACUAUCCGAAAGAUGCUGUAGGAAGACGUAAUUUUCUGCAUUUGAUCGAAAUUUGCCAAGGUUAUAAGGAAGCAUUUGCCGUUCAGCAGGCUUGGACAGCACUGAGCGAUCGGCUGCAGAAAGUUUUGCAAGUGGAUUGGACAGAACGUGUUGAAGAUCAGGAGUUGAUAAUAGAACGUAUCCUCACGCUCACUCGAAAUGUACUACAAGUUCCAUCUAACAUCGAUUUGGAGAAACGAUUUGAUAAUGAUGCCAGUUUGCAUGACCAGGUUUUAUGGGCAUUGCAUCAAACUGGAUUACUUGAUUUAAUUUUGUAUAUUCUUGGAUCGGAACACGAACAUCAAUAUCACCUCCAUGCAUUAGAAAUCAUAUGUUUGAUUUAUAGAGAACAAUCUGCUUGCAGUUUGGCUGACGCUUCUUUACAGCGUAGCGCAGCUGAAAAACAUCGUGAUGAGCAAGAACUGUUAAUGGCCAGAAAACGUGAAAAGGCAAAAUAUCAGAUUCGUAUCCCUACGGUGCGACAUUCGCGCUUCGGGGGUACUUACGUGGUAGAAAAUAUGAAAUCAGUUUCGGAUAAUGAUUUGAUUUGUCACCAGCCGCUACAAAAAGCAUUGAAAAUGGAGUUCGAUUCGGACAAGAUUCGAGUGAAGAAGUCAUUCCGGCAUGUACAGGAAACUGGUUCGGUGGAGCGAAAGAGCGCUUUUUCAGUACGAUUGUUUUUACGUGAAUAUUGUAUAGAGAUUUUGCGCUCAUCAUACAACAAUUUAGUAAGACAAGUUCGAAGAAUUCUAGAGCGAACGGCUGGUCAUGAAGCAGGUGGUGGUCACGAUGACUCGUAUCUGUUGUGGGCCAUUCGCUUUUUCAUGGAGUUCAACAGGUCACAUUGCUUCAAACUCGAGUUAGUCAGCGAAUCACUGAGUGUGCAGUGCUUUCACUGGAUUAUAACACGCAUAGAACACUAUGUCGAUAUGAUGGGAUCGGACAAAACUCGUGCCCGCCUUUGGGCCCGGCGUCUGCACGUUGCAGUACAGGCAUAUCGUGAGAUGCUACAAAGUUUGCAAGCAUUGCAAAAGCUGCAAGACGAGAAAGCAAAAGAUUUAUUCCUGAUGCUUCAGAAUAACGUUUUCUACGUGUUGGAAUAUCGUGAGGUUAUUCUGCAUUUACUGAUAAGCUACAAUGAAGCCAAUAGUACUCGAGCUUACCUACGUGAUGUAAUCGAGACAGCUCACAUGUUCUUCAAAAUGCUGGAAAAGUAUUGUCAAGGGACCGUGCGUGUCCAGAGUAAGAAACGCGCCAAGGCAAAAAGAAGCAGAGCUCCUGGGAAACCAAAGGAACCGGAGUUUACUAUGGAAGAUUUGGAGGAACUGUGGCUAACAAUGGCCGGCGAGGUUUCGACAUGUCUAGCUAAUCAGAUUACUUUACCUGAAGAAGAUCACCCGAUUCCAUUCGAUGCUGCCUCGGAUACUCCUAUCGACAAUCAAAAAGGAGACUGUAUGAUAAGAAUUCAUUCACUGCUUCGGGACGGGAAGUACGAGCAUGCAAUUAUUUUAAUGCGAGCUGGAAGGGAAGUGUGGCCGGAAGAUGAUUGUUUCGGAUCGGCCCUAUCCGCACCAGAAGAUGAGUUAAUGCUUCUGAAGGAGAUUUUCUUAGCCAAUCUUCCGCAGGUGGCAGAAAAAGAGAAACACCCACUAUUGGAUUUCAUUGAAGGAAAUGACAACGCCGGCAACGAUUACGAAGAGGAUGAUGAAGACGAAGAAGAAGAAACCCGAAUGACAGAAACCGACUUCCAGUUUGACGAUUUCGCAAAAAGAUUGGUUAACCCAAAAGUGGUUCGGGCUUGUACGCUAGCACUGACGGACUGGGAGCAAAUUCCAACACCAUCGCUAAAAGCUGCUGUCACGAUCCUUCACAGAAUAGCCGUAGGAUGCAAAAUGCCAGCAAUGCUGUUUCAAGCGUCGCUGUUUCGCAUUUUCCAGCGAGUGUUCCACGCUCCGAAGGAUACUCAUCAGGUCGAACUGCGGCGACUAGGCGUUUAUAUCGUUCGACAGUUUACCACCCUCGCUCCCAAUAAUCCGAAAAUCUACGCUGAGCUACUGUUCUACAAAUCGAUUAAGGAAGCGAACGGUAUCGAAAUGGGAUACGAGGAUAUCUACGGCAACAGCGUGGGCACCGGUGGUAGCGUCAAGGGCGCCUGGAACGAAGCACAGGAAGAAGAACUCAGACGACUGUACACGGAGAACCAAGAGAAUCCGGCUACCGACCAAGAUGUUAUCGAUUGGAUACAAGAUAAUUUAAUCGAUAAAACUCGAACGCGUCGUGCAAUCAUCAAAAAGCUGAAAGAGUUAGGUUUGAUAUUCAAAGCACCAACAAAAAAGAGCAAUGCAGCCGCAGUCAACAAAAAUCUUUGGAGCCAGGAACAAGAUGAUAAGUUGAGAGAAUUAUAUGAGAAUCACCGACAAAAUGAACAUGUGCUCUCUGUCAUAACUGGAGAGUUCGAUGGAGUGCGAUCCAAACAAGCCAUAGUUAAACGUAUGAUAACCAUUGGAUUAAUUGCUGAUAAAUCCGAAGUAAAGCCACCGAGAAAGUCUGGGACGAGAAAGACUAAUAAAAGUGGUGUUAGAUCCAGUGAUGAUGAAUCAAUGUCGGAAUCAGAUAACGAAACCAAUGAGGAUGUUGAAAAAAUUCCUACACACAAUACGAAAGCAUUGCAGUCAAAUCGCAAAGCGACGAAGAAACAGAAACGUGUUCCAGCAAAAGUUUCUUUUUGUACUAAGCGUCUACGCACAAUAUUGAUAGAGCUGGAAGAAUCUAUGAAAGAAGCCGUUGAGUGGUUAGCAGAAUCUUUUUCCGAAGCCUGUGAGGACUAUGAUGAUGCUGCUGAGGAUCCCGACGAUGGUGUACCGCUUGUUCCUAUCAUGCAAUCGCAGAAAGAAGCGCUGGAAAAUGCCCUAUUCAAAGAUUUGUUAAAACAGUUGGGUGUUACGGAACCGUUGGAUAACGAAGCGUACUGGCGCAUUCCCGUUACGAUGAAUCUGUCCGAGCUUCAAUUGCGCGUGAAACUGCUCAACGGUGACUAUCGCCAGGAAGAGGAAGAGGAACAGCAAGACGAACCACUAGCUAUAGAAAAUGUCGAAUAUCCUGCUGAAGAUGACGAGGAAGAGGAGCUAUCUGAAGAUAUUUUCAGUGCGUGGAGAAACAAGACUAACGUACUGUACAGCAAAAGCGAUGACGAGAGCGAAAUACGUGAGCCACUUAAGCAAAAAUCCAGAAAAAAGUCCAACCAAAAAUCAAAUGAACGGAAGAAGGGUAACACAAAAAAUAUAAAAAAGAGUAACGAUAACAAAUUCAAACGGAAUGACUUAGCACUGGAAGGGGCUACUGAUGAAGGGGACGGUGAAAUCGUUGCCGAGUUAGAUGACGAAGAAAAGGAAAAUCUGGAAGAUAUUCCUAGUCAUCGUUCGUUGCUAAUUUCGGACGAGGAAAAUGAUAACGAUGCUGACGCAACUGCCACUACAUUCGAUACAAAUGUCAAAAGAGCAAAAUCGAAAACUAAACUGCGAAGAAUCCGAAAGACUUCCGAUUCCGAACCGGAAUCAGAUAGUGAACAGGUGCGACUGGUUGUCUCCGAUGACGAUGAUGAUGAUGAUAGCGGGGAGCGAAUUUAUGAUGGAGGCACAGGAAUUGCAGCAAUAACCGCAAAACGUGGCCGAUCUGAAAAUUCAGACUUGUCUGAUGAAAAUGACGCUUUACAAAUGAAAGCUAAACACCGUCGUCGCGCUGUUAUCAGCGAUAAUGAAGAUGAUGAUUAAAACCCCACAAAAGGCAUACACACGUGUUUAUACUCCAUUUAAAUAUUUUAUGAAUAAAUUAAAAUCUUCCUAAAUCGACAA